AAAAUUAUUGUGAAAGAUUUACAUAAUCUCAAUUCAAUUUCGACUAAUUUUUAAAUAUUUGCAAUUGAUUCUUCAUUCUUGUGAACAACGUCCAAGGAGUUUGGGUUGAGAAUUUUUUCUCUGUACUCACGCUCAAUGCGGGUCCGCCUCAUGUCAACUUUUGGCCGAGGGAAUGCAGUGGAGCGAGCGAGAUGAUCCGCGGACUGUGGCUUGGCUGGUAAAUAAAUUUUGAGGUUGGAAACCCAAAAGCGUUUCCUGGUUUCCGUUUAGGUGUGUAAAUAAUUGUCAUUUUCGUCGGAAUAACACACCGAAGAUGACACUGUUCUUGGAUAAAGCGAUCAGGAGGUUAACCGUGCCGAGGCAAUUGGUCACGCAGCCGAAGCGUUUUCGUGGCAAAAUAAAUAUUCAGAGGCCUCAGAAACCGUUCUACGAGCGUGCCCUCGUGACGGAAUUCGUGACGCCGUUCUACGAUCGGCCAACGCCGUUGAAACCGAUUUGGGAAGCUUGCGCAAGAGCCCAGCCUAAAGAGGAGAAAAUCGAAGCCGAACCGCAUCCUUACAAAAGAAUACUCGCCCGUGAGAUAUUCGAGCGAUUUGAGUCUUCAAAAAUGGUCGGUUUUCUUCACAAAAAUUCCAUCUCCGGCGAAGAUUCUUUCGACUUGGCUGUUGCUCUACACAGAAAAAAUAUGACCUUGAAAUCUUACGGUCAUGGGCUCAUGAAAAUCGCUGUCGGCGAUACUCGCUUCGAAAAUAUUUUGCAACUUUUCAACUCCCCUAAUUACUUGGUCUUUGGAGCUGAACCGGAAGUCGCUGCGCUUCAAAAAAUCGUUAAAAGAUUCCCUCAAGUUGUUCUCAUCGCUGGAAUUCUCGAGGGAAGGCUGCUGCAUCUGAACGAUUUUCUAAAGUAUGGAAACAUGGAUAUAACCGAAGCUCGGUCGGGUCUCGUUCACACGCUGCAAACUGCGGGUGGUUUGAACCUGAAUCGUCAGCUGAACUGCCAUCAGAGCACACUGGUUUCGAGGUUGGACCAAAUUGGCAAAGGCAGCGAUUCGCCAAAAAUUGAAGAAACGAAAAGCGAAGAAAAUACGAGUGAAUAACGGACUCAAUUUUACGUAGAUAUAAUUUAUUUCAAGUUACAAAUGUUGCGAGGUUUUUGUGGUACAAAAAGAAAAAAAUAACACGAAAAGACACUUUCGUUGUCUGUGUUUUCA